CGACUUUACAAACCCUCCGGUCGUCAGUCGAGUUGGGCCAAACCCAAUUUGAAGGGCAGAUAGAAGAGUACUGUUCCAUCUUCAUCUUUUCCCCCUGUCCUCCCAAAACCCUACCCCCUACCCUACACAAUGAAUUGAGCCUGCUCAUAGCCUUUCCACAUCAAAAUAAUUCUCUGAGAAACUCAUACCAACUCUCGCUCCCAGCCGUCGGAUCUUCAUCUUAUCAUCUCUCUCUCUCUCUCUCCUCCCAAUAACACAGCGCAAAUGUCCAAGUGCUUCAGCCUCACCGCCUCACGAAACCGCUGCUACAGAUCCGGCUUCUCCAAAUCGGGGCUCCGAUCCACCCUCACCGACCUCAAAGACGGCACCGUCGUGCACUGCUGGGUCCCCAAGACCCGGAUCGAAUCCAGACCCGACCUCCUCCUCAUUCACGGGUUCGGAGCCAACGCGGUGUGGCAGUGGAGCGAACUCGUCCGCCACGUCGCCCCCUUCUUCAACGUGUACGUCCCGGACCUGCUCUUCUUCGGGGAUUCGUUCACGACCCGACCCGAGCGCAGCGAGGGGUUCCAGGCCCGGUGCGUGAUGCGGGUCAUGGAGGCGAACUCGGUGCGGCGGGUGAGCGUAGUGGGGGUGAGCUACGGGGGGUUCGUGGGGUACAGCGUGGCGGCGCAGUUUAAGGAGGCGGUGGAGAGGGUGGUGAUAUGUUGCGCCGGGGUGUGCAUGGAGGAGAAGGACAUAGGGGAGGGAUUGUUUAAGGUGUCGGAUUUGGAAACGGCGGUGAGCAUUUUGUUGCCGCAGACGCCGGAGAAGCUGCGGGAGCUGAUGAGGUAUACCUUCUACCGGCCGCCCAGGGGCGUGCCUUCGUGCUUUCUGGAAGACUUCAUCGAUACAAUGUGUACGGAACAUGUCGAAGAGAAGAAAGGGUUACUCAGAGCCAUUGUGAGAGACCGAAAACUUUCAGAUCUGCCCAAGAUAUCUCAGCCUACUCUGAUGGUAUGGGGAGACCAUGAUCAAGUGUUCCCGCUAGAACUGGCUCACCGUCUGAAAAGGCACCUGGGGGAGAAUGCAGAGAUGGUUGUGAUAAAGAAGGCAGGGCAUGCCUUCAUCGUAGAGAAUUUCAAGGAAUUCUACAGGCGCUUGAAACCCUUCCUCUCUGAUCUUCCUCCUUCCAUCCCUCAAGACCAUUAAUGGACCACCAUUGCAAUUCCAUUCCAAGUUUUGUGUAAAUGCAGUAUUUCACUCUCAUCAACCCUUUGUUUUUUUGUACUAAUUUUUGGGAUAGGUAAUUGACAUUCCUAAGGUGUUAAGAUUCAGAAUAAAGAGGCUACCAAAUAAUAAGGUAGGAAUGGAUUGAAAUGGAAAUUUCCAUUUUAUUUAA